GGCCGCCCUCGCGGCCGCGCGGCUCGGCGCUGCCCGCCGCGGCUGCCCGCCGCCCCGCGCUGAGCCGAGCCGCCGCCGCCUCUCCGCUGCACGAUGUCCCGGCGCAAGAUCUCCUCGGAGUCCUUCAGCUCGCUGGGGUCGGACUGCCCGGAGACCAGCCCCGAGGACGAGGGCGAGUGUCCCCUGUCCCGCCUCUGCUGGAACGGCAGCCGCAGCCCCCCCGGCGCCGCCGACACCCCCUUCGCCGCCGCCGCCGCGGCCAGCGCCGGGGCGCGCCGCGCUCCGCGCCGCCGGCGGGUCAACCUGGACUCGCUGGGCGAGAGCAUCCGCCGUCUGACGGCCCCCGCGCCUCAGACCAUUCGGCAAACUCUACAAAGGACACUGCAGUAUUUUGAGCAUCAAGUUAUUGGUUACAGGGAUGCAGAGAAGAACUUUCACAAUAUAUCAAACAGAUGCUCCUAUACAGACUGUACUGGCAGUGAAGAAGCUGAAGAUGUCUCAGGAAUUCUCCAGUGUACAGCUAAUGUACUUGGUUUGAAGUUUGAGGAAAUGCAAGAAAAGUUUGGGGAGGAAUUCUUCAAUAUCUGCUUUGAUGAGAAUGAAAGAGUUCUUCGAGCUGUAGGUGGGACCCUUCAAGACUUCUUCAAUGGCUUUGAUGCUUUGCUGGAGCACAUUAGAACUUCAUUUGGAAGACAGGCCACCCUGGAAUCCCCUUCUUUCCUAUGCAAAGAGCUCCCUGAAGGCAAUCUCAUGCUUCAUUACUUUCACCCACAUCAGAUUGUGGGAUUUGCAAUGAUGGGAAUGAUAAAGGCAGCAGCAAAGAAGAUUUACCGCUUAGAAGUGGAAGUAGAACAGGUCACUAAUGAUAACUUGUGUUCAGAGGGGACGAACCCAGGUAACUGCAGUUGUCUGACUUUCCUUAUCAAAGAACAUGAAAAUGCAAAUAUCACAAAAGCACUUCCACAUGGAACUUCCCAGUCCCCCUUAGACCUGAGGAUUAGCAUCAGCACCUUCUGCAGAGCUUUCCCCUUUCAUCUGAUGUUUGAUCCAAACAUGCUGGUUCUCCAGCUUGGAGAAGGUCUUAGAAAGCAGCUCAGAUGUGACACUCAUAAAACUCUGAAAUUCCAAGACUGCUUCGAGAUAGUUUCUCCUAAAAUCAGUGCCACAUUUGAACGGGUUCUCCUGAGGUUAUCUACUCCCUUUGUCAUUCGCACCAAACUUGAGGAUUCUGGCUCUGAAAAUAAAGAUAAGGUCAUGGAAAUCAAAGGACAAAUGAUUCAUGUGCCAGAAUCAAAUUCAGUUUUGUUUCUGGGUUCCCCCUGUGUGGACAAACUGGAUGAACUGAUGGGGCGAGGCCUCCAUCUUUCGGACAUACCUAUCCAUGAUGCUACUCGCGAUGUCAUAUUGGUUGGGGAGCAGGCAAAGGCCCAGGAUGGCUUGAAAAAACGAAUGGAUAAGCUGAAGGCAACGCUAGAAUGCACACACCAAGCCCUGGAAGAGGAGAAAAAGAAAACCGUAGAUCUCCUUAUUUCUAUUUUCCCUGAAGAAGUGGCUCAGCAGUUGUGGCAGGGGCAGCAGGUUCAGGCCAGGAAGUUUGAUGAUGUCACCAUGCUUUUCUCGGACAUUGUUGGCUUCACUGCUAUCUGUGCGCAGUGCACGCCCAUGCAGGUUAUCAGCAUGCUGAACGAACUCUACACGCGGUUUGACCAUCAGUGUGGAUUCCUGGACAUCUACAAGGUGGAAACAAUAGGUGAUGCGUACUGCAUUGCAGCAGGGCUCCAUAAGAAAAGCCUUAGUCAUGCUAAAGCCAUUGCCCUGAUGGCACUGAAGAUGAUGGAGCUUUCGGAAGAGGUUCUCACUCCAGAUGGGAGCCCUAUUAAGAUGAGGAUAGGCAUUCACUCAGGAUCGGUGCUGGCCGGCGUCGUUGGUGUAAGAAUGCCACGUUAUUGUCUCUUUGGGAACAAUGUCACCCUUGCAAGCAAGUUCGAGUCAGGAAGUCACCCACGCCGCAUCAAUGUCAGUCCAACCACAUACCAGCUUUUGAAAAAGGAAGAAAAUUUUAUUUUUAUCCCUCGUUCCCGUGAAGAGCUUCCAGAAAACUUUCCAAAGGAAAUUCCUGGGAUCUGUUACUUCCUCGAAGUCAGAAGUAGUCAGAAGCCACCAAAACCCUCCAUCACAUCUGCCAGAGUGAGAAAGGUUUCUUACAACAUUGGCACCAUGUUCCUCCGGGAGACUAGCCUAUGAGGCCUGCUGCAGAUCAAAGACUCGUCAAAAAAGCACAAGCCCAGAACUGGGUCAUGACAGGGGAGUUGGAGUUUCUUUCUAUUUCACUGCCUUGUUCUGAACAAGCAGUAAAAGCUCCAUGUAAUGUCAGGCAAUAAUCAUUUUAAAAGGUGGGUGACUGCUGUCAGUAAACAAAGUGGAGAUAGGGAAAAAAAAAAAAUAAACAAAGUACUUCCAGAGGAAUUUCUUUCAUAAACUUCAGUCUGACCCCUCUAUGACAAACAAAACCAAACAAAACAAAAAAAACCCAACUCUCAAAUUAGAGGUUGGUUUUGUUUUGUGCAGAAAGGAUGAUGGUUCUCUGUAGAUUUGCACCAGCUAAGCAGAAUUGAGAGUCGGUUCUGAUUAUGCAUUCCUACAUUUAAUGCGUUCUUCAGUAAGGUAAUGAUGUUUUUAACUUUAUGAACAAACAUUUCAUACAUAUACUGUAGACCUGUUGUAACCUUCCUGGCAGGAGGAAUUAUAAUUCAAUACAAAUAUUGUAGGAAUUUUACCUAUUUUUAUACAUACUUCACUUUCUGGAUAAUUACAUUCCACAUACUGUAAGCUGAAUGAACUUAGAUAGCUUUUCAGAAGAAGCUACUGUAUAUUUCAUACAUUCUACCUAUCAAACCUUAUUGUUAUACAAGUGGGAAGAAGUCAUUUUUUGACUUUUUUUGGCAACAAAAAUAUCAACAUUUUACAGAAAAAACCACUUUGGUAAAUCUCUUUACCUGAUGUUUAUGCUAAAGCUUUAGAUGAGCAUUGUCUUGCUUAUAUAAAAUAAUGUUCAGUAUUUGUCCUACAGUGCUGUAUGUCCAGUCCUUCCAGGACAAUGCGAACAAAAUGUAGAAGAUCAAUGUGUUGACAAACAGAAAAGUUCUGCUCAGUGAGCCUUGUUUCCCACUAAAUUAUCAGCCAAACUGAUUUUUGACAGAAGUCCUGGAGUUUUUUAAAAAAUUUGAUCUUGUGAAAACUUAUUCUAAGGAAUUCUAGCAGACUCUGGAAGCUCUCUGGGUACUGGUUUUCCACAUUUUUUUAAUAGGACUUGUGCUCCUACUCCAGUUUGAUUAUUGAAAAUCCUAUCUGUUAUUAAUGAUGCUUAUCUGGAAAUUUCCUCUAUUGCUGGAUUGGCUGAAAGAUCCCCUGCUUUAUCUAAUGUAGACCAAAAAAACACUGAAAAGGGGUAGGCAAUACUUUCCCAGGUUUAAUGCAAAUGGCAGUUCAAGAUUUAGAUGAGUCCAUGUCAAUUUUAAAAAAAAGGCCAAUUCUUUGCUGUUAAAAAUUAAUAUAGUGUUUUUGUCUUCAAGGGAUCCAUUUGUAACAAGAUGUGGAUCUGUCCCCUAAUAGGCACAUUUUCAGGCAUUGUUUAUUUCUCAGGUUUUCCUUUUCAAAAAUAAUGGCAGUCAGUUUUCCUUUGCAGGUGUACUCUUUUUAGGGUCAUACUGAAGUGGGCUGAUGUUGUUCUGCUCUUGCAAAUUGUUAGUUAACAGUUGUGCAGUGAUUCUGAAGUGGCUUAGCUUUACAUGGGGCUGAUCAAAGCUCACUGAAAUCAAAGAUAAGACUUUCAACAGCACUAGGGGAAGCUCUGCAUUUCUACAAUCCAGAGCAGAAAUUAGAGUUUACUUAUGGAUUUAGUAGUCAUAACUUGAGGCACAUUUUGAAAAUAAGUAAAUAACUUUCACCACACAUCCAGAUUAUCCAGUUAGAUCUUUCUGUGGAGGGAAUGACAGUGCUGUAUUUCUCCCCUGUGACCAGUAGCCCAUGUUAGAGUGGGAACAAGUGAGCAUCGCACCACUAGCCUGUGCUGAACAUGUUUCAGGCUUCCUUUCCAUGAAGACUUUCUGGAUGAGAAAGGACUAUCUUGAACCUACACAGACUUCAGCAUGUAAAGGACAUAUGAAGUUAUUAUGUAGGGGUGUUGUUUUUCUUGUCUGAAGAGGGUAGAUGCAUGGGAAUUAGCCCAAAAACUUACUUAAAUGGAAAUUCCCUCGGUUUCUAGAGGAACACUGUUGUUAAAGAUUUCUUCCAUUGAUAUUAGAGCAUCCUUGGGAUUGGAGGAGUUAAUGUUUUAUCUACCUUGAUAAACAGCAUCUGCAGCAAUACUGCCUAUCUGAAAAAUGACUUAACAAGAAGCGUUCGAGCUUGAGGUUGCAGAAUUUCCAUCCAAACUACAGAUCUGAGAGUUUUCUGCACAGGAUGACAAGUUUUAGCCUAUAGCCGUUAGUUUGCACAUACACAGGAUGUAACAUGCAUUUUUUUCCUGGAAACACCAGUGAGACAUGCAAGAAUCAUAAAUGGAGCAAAGUUCAUGUUUCACCACUGGAGGAGGAACACCACUUCCUAGCUAAUAAAGCUGUGGUUUUGAUGUCAUUACCUAGUACCCUAGAGGGAAAAUUUUUCAAAUAGCUAUCGAUAGAUUGAGAUUUCAUUCUGACUUCACUGGCACAUCCUUAUUGUUCAGUAGGUGCUGAUGUCAGAGCACCAAUCUCUCUGGCCAAACUCUUUUUCUCUUUUCACUGCCCGUAGUCCUGUAUGAAGAGAACAAACAUAGAGGUUAAGACCAAAAGCUUGUAGCUCAAUAACUUGUCUCUCACAGUUGCCAAUAGGAAAUGUCUAGGUUAAUUCUGUGGCUGAUCUUGAUAGAUCUAUGGAAACAUUUUCAUGAGAAAUGAUGGAUAAAUGCUAAUUCUACAAGCAAAUUGGAGAAGCAAUCUAAAAAAAAUUUGUAUCACCAUCCUCAUCCUCUCAGAGACUGUUUAUUCUAUAAGGAAAUUUAUAAUCAGAGAUCAGUGCAAAACCUGAAAAUUGGUGUUGGCAUCACCGUGGAGGCAAUGACAGUGUUUGCAAAUAAAUAAUCUAGCUCCCCAAAUUAGAAUAGAUUUAUUGUAUAAGAAUAUACAGUCUCUGCUUUUUAUAAGCUUGUGUAAAGGUAAUGUGUCCAGAACUUCAGCACUGAUGCUAAGUAUUGUGUUAAUUGUUUCAGUGUUAUGACAAGGGAAGUUAAUAAAAAAGUGUGGGCUUUCUAGGGACAUUUUUCUAUCUCAGUGUGAGAAAUGUGUAAAACAAAUUUUUGACACUCUUUAACUUAGUAGUUGCAUCUGUUGCCUUUAACAUUAGGUUGCAAAUUUAUUUUGUUGGACACCUUUAUGAUGUGAAAUUAAAUUUAUUAUCAAGGUUGAUGCCGACAAGUCAAUUAGGUGGUAGACAGACUCAACAUUUCUUCAACAACACUUCCUUUUAGCAAUAGGCAAAACUUUCUCAUUUGCCUGGUGUUGUCUUCAUAAAUAAAAAGGUUGUCAGAGUUUUUGUACCUUGGGAUGAUGAGGUGAAAAGUUUAGAGGUGCUGAAAUGGAUGCAGAAAUGCCAUACUAUAGUUGGAAUUUUCUUCUAGUAUUUUCCUUCCUAUAAAACAGAUGAUCUUUUGUUCCUCUGAUUAAGAAUUUACAUGCCUGUGUUUCUUCACAUAGCUGCAAGUAGCAACAUCUGCUGUCUUGAGCUUCUGUACAAAACAAAUCCACCCUCUCUGAAGAUAGAGGGAGGAGAUCUACUGCAUAUUGCCUGUACAAGGCAAAGGAAGGAUGAUGUGAGGACGCUAGCUGGCGUCAUCAGUCUCUUUACAGCAAAGUUGUUCUGUGCAGCUUCCCUCUGCUCCAGGCUCAGAGGGACCAGAGACCAUGGACUGACCACAGAGGCAGACUGGUAGGCAACUUCUUGUACAGAAGUCAUGAGGCCUAAGUAAACAGAGGCAACAGUCAUUCCCCCAGAGCACUUUUUACAGAUCUUGUGUCAUUUUUUUGUCUGCUUAAAGCUCCCUGUCACACAGGCUCUUCUGUGAUGCAGUGCUUAGAGGUCAGGAACUCAGAGCAAGAAGGAAAUAGUGAUGGAAGUGGCAGAGUGGUAGAUAAAUUUUGUUCUACCAUCACUCUGGUAAUAUCUGCCAAUCAAAGACAAAAGCCUCUGCAUGGGAGAAUUGCUGCUCUGCCAGGACUCUCAAAGUGUGGUUUUCUUGCAGAAUCCAACAGGAUAUUUCUUUU